AAGCUGAACUGAAGUGCCGCUGUGUUCGUCCUCAGAGCCAAAUGGACGGAGACGGAGAUCGAGAUGCUGCGAUGUGCCGUGCGUCGCUUUGGAGACGACCUCAACAACAUCAGCACUGUGAUCAAAGAGCGCACCGUCGCUCAGAUAAAGAGCACGGUGAAGCGGAAGCUGUACGAGGACAGCAGGGUCCCCAUUUCCACCGAAUCGCCCAAGAAAACCGUCAAAAAGGCGUCCGUUCCCAUGGCGCCCAGCCCCGCCCCGGCCGCCCCCGCCAUGAUCAACGUGCCGACCUCGCAGGUCGUCGUGGCAACGGGGAUGCAGAACAGCCCGUCAUUAGCCCCGCCCAUUAAAAAGCAGAAAACGGCAGACGUGACGCUCAGCGCUCUGAAUGACUCGGACGUCAACAGCGACCUGGUGGACAUCGAAGGACUGGGAGACGGGUCCUCCAACAAGAAGCUCAACUUUGACCAAGAGAGCCUGAAUCUGGACUCCAGCCUCAUCAUGAACUCCAGUGACCUCCCUCUUCUGUCCCGCUGACCUCACUGCAGAAGCUCCGCCCCCCUUUCCUUCCACGCUUUUAUUUUGAAGCCCAGCAGCCCGCCAAUGUUUGUCUUCAGAACCGUUUUAUUGUGGAAGAUGACGAGGUCUUCGAGUCGGAUUUAGUUUUCAGUUUGAGGCGUCGAGCUGCAGACGAUCUCAGGAUCUCUGGGUUCCGUCUCCACAUUCGGACUCCUUCUUUGACCCGGUUUGUUCUGAGAGCCAGAUAGAAACCAGCGGUGGGUCUGACAGUCCAGGAGACCGAGCCGGUUCUGAUCUUCUGACCCGGUUCUGAUCUUCUGACCUCCAGUGAAAAUAAAACGGCUGUUUGCAUCUAGAUGUUCUUCUGUC